AACUCAAGAUGGCGACCAUGGAAUGAAACUGGGGCUGUGUCUAGCGGAAUUCGGUAAAAUUUGAUAUGUCUCGGUUGGCGGACUACUUCGUUGUGGUAGGAUAUGACCAAGAAAAAGAACGAAGUGGCACAAGCCAAGGCAAAAUCAUCCAGAGGUUUCCAGAGAAGGACUGGCCAGGCUCUCCCUUCACUCUAGGCAUUGAACUGUUUUGCCAACCCACAGGAUGGUCACUAUCAACACAGCGCCACCCGCCCACCUUCUUUGUCUCAGUUCUGACGGACAUCGAUGCAGACCGCCAUUACUGUGCCUGUCUAACAUUCCACGAGACAGUGUCCAUGACGUCCACAAAGCCGGAUGAUGAAGAUGGGGAUGACGGUACACCAAUACGCCAAUCACUCAUGUAUGCCCCCAAAUGCUUGGUGCUGGUUUCCAAGUUUCCUGAAUUUGAAACAUUUAGGAACUGCUUGGGGCUUAUCUACACAGUUUACCUGGAGAAUAUGCAGUUCCAGAUAGAGACUUUGGUAGGGAAUAUCUUAGGGUGUGUGCAGGUUCCACCCCCAGGAGGGCCCCAGAUCAGGUUUUCUAUAGGUGCUGGUGACAGACAGGCCCUGCAGCCCCCAGUUAGCAGCACCAUACCUACUUCUGGAACAUCUGUGGCUAUGCUGUUCAGGCAGAUGGGCAUUACAAAUACCAUCAUGCUUUUUUGUGCUGCUGCUACAGACCUCAAAGUCCUCUUCCAUUCCCAAAGCUACACCAGGCUUACAGCAGCUAGUCAAGCACUUAUGGCCCUUAUGUACCCUCUCAAAUAUAGUUAUGUGUAUAUACCCCUCCUUCCGUCACAUUUACUAGAAGUGCUGAACACACCCACACCAUUCAUAGCAGGUGUCCACUCAUCUCUCAAGGACGAGGUCUCAGAUUUGCUUGAUGUGAUAAUUGCAGACCUGGAUGGUGGCAGUGUACAUGUUCCUGAAUGUGUAACUGUGCCAGUAUUGCCAAAUAUUGUACUCAGCAGGACCACUGAAGCACUAACCAUGAUUUUAAACCCAGAGUUGUUCACAUCAGACUAUGCUUUCCCGCCAAACCCUGCCAAGCUGUCCAGCCUUACUAUGCAGGAUAAAGAAAUCCGUGCUGUCUUCCUGCGUUUGUUUGCAGAGCUGUUCACAGGCUACAGGUCAUGUCUAACGCUAAUAAGAAUACACCCAGAACCUUUCAUUACAUUUCACAAGGCCAGCUUUUUGGGUCAUCGUGCAAUGGUCUCAGAAGAUUUCCUGACAAGGGUGCUAGAUGGCAUGUCAUACAGUACAUUUGUCUCUGAAAGAGGGCCACCUUUCAGAGUCAUUGACAUAUUUGAUGAGGUGUAUGCUACAUUAUCAGAUAUGAUAAAACAUGAAAAUGGCAGUCAGGAAAAAAUGAUGCAGAGUAUUAAGGAUUUAGCUCAGCAACUAUAUAUAAAUGAGCAUCCGAAUCCACAGCCGUAUACGCAAAAAAUCCCCAAGCCCCCAGAGGGCGCCUACUCCCGCAUCCAUCAGCCCCAGUUUCCUAUCCUGGACUGGAUCAUGGUGCAGGAGAUCAUUGAUGACGGGCUGGCCAAGAGUGGAAUCAAGUCUAAAUUGUCCCAGAUCCGGCCGCCCCAGCCUCGCAUUGUGCCAAUGGGUCCACAUAUCACCACUGUUGCAGAGAAGAUGCAAAUGCUCAAUAACAACGCCAGGAGACUGGAGGUCCUACGCAACUGUGUUAGCUGUAUAUUUGAAAACAAAAUCUCAGAUGCAAGGAAAGUCUUCCCAGCAGUAUUACGUGCCCUGAAGAGCAAGGUGUCCAGGCUUGCUUUGUGUCAAGAGUUAGCAUAUCAUGUCCAAAGCAACAGAGCCAUGCUAGAACACCAGCAGUUUGAUUUAGUGGUCAGGCUGUUAAACUGUGCAUUACAGAAUGAAUCCAGUAUGGAUGAAAAUGGUGUUGCUGCAGCCAUGCUUCCUUUGGUUACUUCAUUCUGCAGGAAACUCUGCACAGGAGUAAUCCAGUUUGCCUACACAUGUGUACAAGAGCAUGCAGUGUGGGCCAACCACCAGUUUUGGGAGGCCACAUUCUACCAGGACGUCCAGAGGCAGAUCAGGCAGCUCUACGCACCACAGUAUGAACAAGAACACAGCGCUGACAAACUGAGCCCUCCUGCCAGUCCCACCACAGAGGGUGCUGAGUUGAGUAGUAGCUGGGGAGCCACUGGCUCAUGGAAGGGCUCCCCAAUGGAUCCCAGGCGGCGGUCCAUUACAAACAUGAAAUAUCUCAAGCCUAAAGAAGUCAAUGCUUUAGAAAUAGCUGCUGAACAGAUGGCAAAAUGCUACGACCCCCAGCUGAGAAAAUGGCCCAAUCUUUCCGAGUCAGAGAAGGAAGAGAUGAUCAACAAUGAAGAAUCUACAGUGUACAGUCAGGCCAUUCACUACGCCAAUAGGAUGGUGUAUAUGCGGGUCCCCCUGGACGUGACGCGGGGGGCAAACCUUCACUUUGGUGCAGACUGGGAGAGUGCAAGCAACAGUAAUAUAACAAAUAGUCAUGUUCAAAGAAAGGACCACUUCUAUUCUUCCAGUAUUGCUGAAAGUGACAGCGUGGAUGCAGAAAGUGGGUUUGACGAGCAAGAAAUCUCAGAAGUGGGUGCUAACGUGGUGAAAUUUGUUAGUCGUUUUGUGGACAAAGUGUGUACAGAGAGUGGUGUGACUGCUGAUCAUAUCAGGUCACUACACCAGAUGAUCCCUGGGGUGGUGGCUAUGCAUAUAGAGACAUUAGAGGCAGUGGCCAGGGAGAGCAAGAGACUACCACCCAUUCAAAAGCCAAAGAUUCUCACUCCCACCUUGCUCCCUGGAGAAGAAAUCGUCAUGGAAGGAUUGCGUGUAUAUCUGCUGCCUGAUGGUAGGGAAGAAGCAACAGGGGGCAGCACAGGAGGCCCCGCUCUCAUACCAGCAGAGGGCGCCAUCUUCCUUACCACUUAUAGAAUCAUCUUUAAAGGAACACCUUGUGAUCCUUUGGCCUGUGAACAGAUAGUGGUACGCUACUUCCCUGUGUCCACGUUAACCAAAGAGAAGAAGCUGAGCUCCCAGUACUUGUCUUAUGUUGACCAGUACCUACAGGAGAUCAUACAGAUGAGGGCAAACACAUUCCAGUUGAUGAAAGUGGGGUUUGAUGAGGAGGUCAGUUCAGAAGAUGUGGAGACAUUUCGCAAGUUGACCAGCAAGAUUCGCAGUCCAAUCUCUGUGUUCAGCACUUUUGCAUUCUCUGGCUAUCAGUUUGCCCAACCAGCCCAACUCAUCAAGCACAAAGAAAAACAUGCAUCGUUAAAGGGCUUUGCCAAAAAGACACUAAUGAAGACAGCCAGGAAAGCAGGUCUAGCUAAGCCAAAGUCAGCUUCAACUUCACAAAGAAAGCAGAAGUACAUCCUGCCCACACCACCACCAUCUCGGCGCAGUACAGCCUCUUUGGAUAGUAUGGACUCAGACAGCAGGCCAGCCAGUGGUGUGUUUGAUGAUGAGUCAUUAAUGGAUGAGAACGAACCAGUUAUGUCAUGGACCCCAGACCCCAAGAACCUGGAGCGGCUUGGAGAGAGGGCUGGGUAUAAAGACUACCAGAGACUGGGCCUGGGAAGUCUAAACUUUAACAGUGCCAAGUCUAAAACUGAACCUUUUCGGAUCACCACAGUCAAUGCCACAUAUUCUGUGUGUAGGAGCUACCCAGCAAUGCUAGUGGUACCACAGACAGUGUCUGAUGACAGCAUAAGGAAGUUUGCCAGGAGUCAUAGGCAGUACAGGUUUCCUGUGGUGUCAUGGUAUCAUCCAAAAACCAAAGCUCUCUUACUACGUGCCAGUGGCUUUCACAGCAAAGGCAUGAUGGGAAUGUUCAAGUCUCAUCACAAUGCACCCUCAGGAACCUCGGGCGAAAUCACGUCCACCAGUGUGGAGCAGGAGAAGUACUUCCAUGCCAUAGUGCAGUGCACUCCAAUGGGUAAUCUUCAACAUCAACAACAAAGUCACAACAAAUCUCUCAGCGAUUCGCUGACCAGUAUUGACUCUCUGAUGCUGUCCACUGACACACUAGCGCUACCUGAUACACCUUCUCUGUCUCGCAAGAAUCCUAUCGCUCGUGCCGUCAAUAGCUUGCGCAGUAGUGGCGGGAAAGUCAAAUUAACAGACAACUGUAUGGCAAACAAUUCUAGGGAGAGUGCACUAGCAGCUGGUGUAGCCUAUAGUAUUUCCACCCCCACUAUGAGUCGCCGCAGUCCUCUGCUGAGGAGAACUAUACACGGAAGUUUACGAGCAAAUGCUGGAAAAGGGGGAAAGUCUCUGGGUAGACUAGGUAGUGUACGUGACCGGCGGGCAGUCACCUCAUCUGGAAGCCUGGAGGUGGGAAUGAGGCUGGCCAUGAAGUCCAAUGGAAGUAUCGACCACUCUGCAGAGCUGGAGUCUCAGACACAAGGGCUUAAUAAGGCAGCACUGUAUGUGUUAGGGGAGAAAGCACAAGUGAAGAACAUCAAGGUUGAUUCAUUCCCCAAAUGUGAGUUUGUCCCGGUGGAUUUCUAUGAGGUGCGCCAGGUGAAGACCAGUUUUAAGAAGUUAUUAAGGGCCUGUGUCCCCAGUGCUCUGCUCACUGAUGCUGAACACAGCUUCUACAAACUGGUACAGGAGUCAGAGUGGCUUCAACAGCUACAAAGUCUAAUGCAGCUGUCAGGAGCUGUGGUUGACCUGAUAGACUUGCAGGGGUCCUCAGUGAUGGUGUGUCUAGAAGAUGGCUGGGACAUCACAACACAGGUGGUGUCUCUGGCACAGGUGUGCCUGGAUCCAUACUACAGGACAAUCAAAGGGUUUCAGGCACUGGUAGAAAAGGAGUGGCUAUCAUUUGGACAUCGGUUUACUCACCGUAGUAACCAGACAGCUGCCAACCAGGCCAGUGGGUUUGCUCCAGUCUUCCUGCAGUUCCUAGAUGCGGUUCACCAGGUUCAUCGGCAGUUCCCUUUGUCUUUUGAAUACAAUGACUUCUUUCUCAAGUUCCUGGCCUAUCACACAGUUUCAAAUCGUUUCCGGACUUUUAUGUUGGAUAACGAGAGUGAGCGUAUGGAAGCUGGUUGGUUGCUUGAAGAGAAGCCAAAGACCAGUAAAAUAGAUGGCGCUGCAACAGGAGAGGACGGAUUUACAUUGAGGCAAACAAUGGGGACAUCUGUGUGGGAUUACAUAGACAAACAUCACAGAAGAUCUCCUGUCUUUUAUAACUUUAGUUAUGUUUCAAUGGAUGGCACCAAUGUUCUGAGACCAUACUCUGGCAUAGCCAGCCUGGAGCUCUGGGACUACUAUCUCACAGAGGAUCUCUCCCAUGGACCACCAUAUGACUUUGAAACCAUGUACAUGGACAAGAAGCAGAAUGAGGAGAUAGAGGCCAUAGACGGACCACUGGCCCCCAGUAGCAGGCGGAUAGUGAAUGGGUGUUAUGACACUAUCUGGCAUUUAGAACCUGAGUGUUUUUCUUUAGCUUUUCAGGAUAUUCAUAAGACACAGACAAAGCUAGACCAUCUUCCUAUGAAAUGGAAAGCCGUUUGGGAGAAAUUAGACCAUCCGCAAUCUGAAACAUUACAGCGACAAAUGUCACUGAAAACAAGACUUACACGUUCGCAUGGAAGGACUUUACAUAAACGAUCCACUUUAGAAAUUCUUGUGCGAGGGAAAAUGGCCGGGGAUGCAAUCAAAAGUUUUGGACAACCACAUCGGUUUGAAAAAUUUGACUUUACUACUGCAAGUUACUGUGAUCAUUGUGGACAUCUACUGUGGGGGCUGACACAAGUGAAACAAGGAAUGAGAUGUGCAGACUGUGGGUAUAACUGCCAUGAGAAAUGUGUGUCCUCUGUUCCCAAAAACUGUGCCAAAUUAAUCCGGACCCCUUCAGAGCAGCCAGACAGCAGUGUGAACCUUGCAGAGGCCCAGCCCCACGCACCUGGGGAUGUAACCAUCCAGGCUAGUCGUGAUAUGUACAGGCAGUUCUCAGCCAGAGCUCAGGAGCACAGAACACAUGAGGGCUAUCUUCUCAAGCAGGGGGCUCUGCUCAAACAGUGGAAACAGAGGUGGUUUGUGCUGGAUUCUAUGAAACAUCAGCUUCGGUGGUAUGAUGCUAUGGAGGACAGCCACUGCAAGGGCUACCUGGACUUGUCAGAGGUCACCUCUGUGGGCACAUCCAAGAACUUUCAAGGUGCUCCCAAGAGAGCAGAGGACAACUCCUUCUUUGAGAUGAAGACAGUGAAGAGAUCGUAUGUAUUCUGUGCACCAAAUGUCCAAGCAUCUCAGGAGUGGAUAGACAAGCUCAAUAGCUGUAUACAGUAGAGAACAUAGAGGAGUAAAUAUCACAAUGCAGGAACACAGUGCAUCAAUGCAGUAGAACAACACACCAGGGCCAGUUUUAUAAUGCAAAUAAAAUUCAUUUCAAGGAUUGGAUUCCACAUUUAAAUCUUAAAAGAAUGAAAUCUGGAAACCAUAUCAGCAUAAUUGAGAAGCAUAUCAUGGAAUGCACAAAACCUGUGAGAUCUUUUUUGCACCACUUUGUUUUCCUGUCUAUGGAAAAAAAUGACACUGCUGGCAUUUAGUAAGUAUGGCGGUGAAGUCCUAUUGAUUUUCCAUUUAGACUAAUCACAAACUUACGUUAUAUGUUCAUACAAUUGAUGGAUAGACAUGGAGGAAGUCUCUGCAGUAAUUAUGGCAAGGAAAACAAAUUAUGGCAAGGAAAACAACUUUGUUCAUAGAACAUGGUCAUCCUUUCAGAUAAUAAUGUGUCCAAUGAAGAGCAUGACCUAAAAACUACAUACAGCUAGUCAGACAGAUGUAUGUGAAUUAUUAAUAAACUGAAUAGCAGCUUUCCCAGUGCUGAUUGUCUUAUGUGGGUAGGUGGUCAGGUACUGGCACAGCUCUUUUAGGUUAGUACCUGUAAGCUUUUACUUGCAGUGUUGUUAACGAAAGCCAAUAUAUACAGGUAGUUGCAGAGUUGAUAAACAUGAUGGUACUAAAUAUAAUUUUUUAAAAACCCUGACGCAAUUUUUAUGAAUUAAAAUAGUGAUAUUGUAAUGACAGUUUUGUCACUAUUUGUGAAAAAAUCUCUAGCUGACUCCAGACACUUGAAAAAUUUAGAAAAAAAAAAAGAUGUUUAAAACUGGCAAUUAUGAAAUAUUCCAACGUGUACAUUUUGUAUAAAAUUAUUUUUUGUAAAUAUUUGUACAGAAUAUUUUCUAUUUUGCUUGCCUUCCUCCCUCAGGUUGUCUUGAUCCUUUAUGUUUUUUUUUUUUUUUUUAACCUUGGGUGGUUUGUGACAUGUGUUCAUAGCUUCAGGCUACUGAGUUUCUGUGGUAUGCGCACCAGUUGCUGCAGGGUUAUAUUGAACAAGGCAGUGUGUGAUAGAUUCUCCGGUGUUUAAAACUGCUUGAACGAAAAAUUUCUGCAUGUUAUGCUGUCAUGUUUUUAUAAUUUGGAUAACACUAGCCAAAAGAUGUUCGUAAACACCCGCUUUUCAUUGAAACAGUUAAAUUGUACAUCUGAGUCUUAUUUUAGAGGGCAUGCCAUCAGCAAGCGAUUAAGUUAGCAUUUGAGAAGUACUGAAUGGCUUUUAAUGAUACUUUGGAUAGUCUAU